AUGUUUGUUAGUAAAAGUAGUGCUUUCAAUAAUUACCUUAGUAAUCUUCUCCACUGGAGAUUCUCCACAUAAUAAGGAGUUAUAUAUCAACAAUAUAAUUAACUGAUUAAGCAAGGUAAACUGAAAGAGGAUCGUCGCCAAAUAUAUUGCAUUAAUUAGCUUGAUUAGUUAAGAGAGAAUCUCAUUAACUCACAAUAUGAGUGGAAGGAGUUUUAGAGCUCAUUAGAAUCUUCUCUUAGAGAUUUUGAUUCAAAAGUAGAAGAAGCUAGAUUAGAAAAGUUAAAAGAAUACAAAUCAAAAAAAUAAGAAGGAAUGGAGGCUGUUGAAGGUACAAAGCCUAAAGGAUUUUUCUCUUUCUUGAGCAAUCAAUAGCCCAUAUGGAAGCCUACUUAUAAAGUUUUUUACGAAGAGAGGGAAGAAAAGCUUAUUGAUAUUGAAGAAUUUAAAACAAAGGAGAUUAAUAAAUUGAAAGGUAUCUACUGUUAUGGUAAACCAGGAAGUGGCAAAACUUUCAUUAUGGAUAUGUUUUAUGAAUCUAUCCCUUUUUAAGAAAAGCAAAGAAUACAUUAUAAGGAAUUUAUGCUUUAAAUUAACUCCCACUUACACUCAAUUAGAAAUAAAGACUAUAGAAGCCCUUUGAAUAUUAUUGGUAGAUAAAAGGCAUCUGGUUUGAGAUUAUUAUGUCUUGAUGAAUUUUAAGUUACUGAUAUUAGUGAUGCUAUGAUUCUUAAAAACUUAUUCUAGAGCUUAUUUAACAAUAACGUUGUUCUUGUGACUACUUCAAACAGACCUCCUGAUGAUUUAUAUAAAGGAGGCUUAUAGAGAGAAUCUUUUGAGCCUUUCAUCCCAUUUUUGAAAUAAAAUUGUGAAGUAAUUGAUAUUUAAAGUGAUACUGAUUACAGAUUUAGUUCAGAUAAAGGAAGAGCUAGCAUGAAAACAUUUUUCCAUCCAAAUGAUAACUAUAACAAUACUUAAAUAGAAAAAACCUACAAAGUUUUAAGUGGAUAAGAAGAUUAUGAAUAAGUUAGUUUAGAUGUUUGCGGAUUAGGAAGAGAAAUAAAAUUAAAUAAAACUGGUGGUGGUGUUGCUGUAUUAGAAUUUUCUGAUAUUUGUGAAGGAUAUUACUCACCUCCUGAUUACAUAACUAUUUGCAGAAAUUUCCACACAGUAAUUUUAAAAAAUGUGAAAAAGCUCUCUACUGAUGACAGAAACGCAAUGAAGAGAUUCAUCAGCUUGGUUGAUGAAAUAUAUAAUCACAGAACUAAGCUUUAUAUGACAUGUUAAGUUAGCUUAGAUGAAUUAUUUGAUAUCAACAAUUAAAUUCCUAAGUAAGGAGCUUAAAAAUUAUUUGAUGUUGAUUAUAAGGAACCUUAAUAUGACGUAGAUUUCGCUUUAGAAAGAUGUAAGAGUAGAGUUGUAGAAAUGUAAACUAGAGACUACAAUGAUGAACUUACUUAUUAUGAAUAAAAGAAGUCUGGAUAAAUUAGAGAAGAUCCUACUAUAAAGUUAGAAAGUCAAUAACCUUUAGAGGAGAGCGAUUCAAAUAUUUAAACAGAAGCAAGCUAAGGAUAUGAGUCAGAAAAUAAAUCAGCUCAAUUAUGA